AUAGUCAAUAUAUUAUUCAAAAAUAGAUUUAUAUAAACCCUUUCAAUUAUCUUCCCCAAUCAUUUAUUCUUUGAGUGAAACCAUUCCUAAAGCUUCUUGCUACCUUUUGCAUCUUCAUCCUUCAAACUACUAAGGCGUAGUUCUGAACUGAAGCAUAGUUAUUGUUGUUCCUUCAAACUAUUGAGGCGUAGUUCGGAACUGAAACAUAAGUAGUUGUUCCUUCAAACUACUGAGGCGUAGUUCGGAACUGAAGCGUAGUUAUUAUUGUUAGCUUCAAUUAUGGCUAAGAUUUGUCCGGAAUUAAUGUUACAACAAUCUUCUUCUUCGUCGUCUCCUUAUGUGACAUCAAUAAGAGAAACAUUUACAAUAUGGAUGAAAUCUUUAGUUUUCCACGGAAAUGGUUGUACUGUCUUUAAUUCUAAAGGUGAUAUUGUUUUUAGAGUUGAUAACUACCAAGAAAGUUGUAGAGAUGAAGUUUGUCUCAUGGAUCUCAAAGGCCAAGUUCUUUUCUCCAUUAAAAGAGAGAAACUACGAGUUCUUGGUCGUUGGAAUGGCUAUGGUUGUGGUGGAAUAAAAGGGAGGCCAUUGUUUCAAGUAAGGAGGAAUGGCAUAUUUUCAAGAGAAGAUGUCAUAUGUAAUGUUGGGUGUAACGAAAAUGAAGGAAAUAGUUGCUACAAAAUUCAACAAUUGGAUAGAAAUUCAUCUUUUAAAGUCACAAAUACUGCUGGUCAAGUUGUUGCAGAGGUAAAACAAAAGAAAUCAUCAAAAGGAAUUGGCUAUGGUGAUGAUGUGUUAAGUCUAGAAGUGGAACCCAAUAUAGAUCACUCUUUAAUUGUGGCUCUUGUGACAAUAUGUGGCUUAAUUCAUGGCAAAUUAUGACCAACACCAACAAUUUCAUAUAAAAUUUCUUGAUUUGUGCGUGCCA